GAUAGAAAGGGCGGAACAAGAAAACAUCUGGGUAUUUCGAGCGAAAUUGCCUUUAUGUGUACGCAUACACAAGUACGCAUACUGAGAAACGACCUAUGUGUAACUGUAUACUCCUGCACGAUGCUGACGUACGGUUCAGUGCUCGAUGCGACGUCUACGUGCCCACCACCAACUUGUCUCUCCGUGGUCAUGGUGGCGAUUGGAGCAAUCAGUAUCACGUGACUCUGCGCCCAUUGGUUGAGCUGCAGAUAAAGCCGGCAGCGAAAGCGCGCUAAAUUCAAUUUCUUGUUUCCUAACUAAUUCGUCAACUUGAAAGUAGAAACAGCAGUAAUUAGCUAUUUUCUUUUCUUUUCUUGUUUUAAUACUAAGUUAUUGUGCAUUUUAAAUCAACAUGGACUUCGUGGAUUUUCCAAGAGUUCUACCAAAUUCACCGAGGAAAGCCCGGGGACAAAUUCAGGUCAUCUUUGGACCGAUGUUUUCAGGUAAAAGCACUGAACUGAUGAGACGAGUGCGCCGUUUCCAGGUAGCCCAGUACAACUGCCUGGUGAUCAAAUAUGCCAAAGACACACGGUAUUCCGACACAGGCAUGGCCACUCAUGACAAAAACACAAUGGAAGCUGUACCAGCAAACAGUUUGAGGGAUGUGAGGUCUCUGGCGCUGCAAGCUUGUGUGAUUGGAAUUGAUGAAGGACAGUUUUUCCCAGACACUGUGGAGUUUUGUGAGGAGAUGGCUAAUUUGGGGAAGACAAUCAUUGUAGCUGCCCUGGAUGGAACCUUCCAGAGAAAGCCAUUUGGAAACAUCCUGAACCUCAUCCCUCUGGCAGAAAGUGUAGUGAAACUCCACGCAGUCUGCAUGCAGUGUUUCAAAGAAGCUGCCUACACCAAGAGGAUAGGAGCAGAGAAGGAGGUGGAAGUGAUUGGUGGAGCUGACAAAUAUCAAGCGGUGUGUAGAAGGUGUUAUGGAGGUCUGAUGGCUGAAAAAGAGAACAGUUCUCCCUUCAGGAAUGAGACUCCACAACAUGCCCUAACAGGAAAACUCACUGACAACAGCAUUUCCAGGAAGCUCUUCAGCUCUCUGCACCUCUAAGACGUGCUGCACAAUGAGAAUUUCAAUCAAGAAUGUGGAAGUGUUUGGGAAAGGAAGCAAAGCGGAGAGUAAAUGUUUUUUUUUUUUUUUUUUU